UUCAGUUUAAGUGCAGAGAUCGUUAAUUUAUGGAUAAUCGGAGUUGGAGGUACGACGUGUUCCUCAGUUUCAGAGGUAAAGAUAUUCGGCGACAUUUCAUUUGUCAUCUCUACGAAGCUCUUCAUAGAAAGGGAAUUCGUACCUUCCGUGAUGACGAAGAGCUCAACAGAGGCGAAGACAUCACACGUUCACUUGACAAGGCGAUUCAACAGUCAAGGAUUGCCAUCCCUGUCUUCUCUUCCAACUAUGCAACUUCAUCUUUCUGCUUGGACGAACUGGUUAACAUCAUGGAGUGUGCCAAGACUAAGGGGCAGAUUGUUUUGCCGGUGUUCUAUGACGUGGAUCCUUCCGAUGUGCGAAAUCUGAGGGGGAGUUUUGGUGAAGCAAUGGAGAAACAUGAGGAGAGGAUGAACCUCGAGGAAGAUAAAGAGAGGUUGGAGAAAUGGAAGAUGGCUUUUAUGCAAGCUGCUAAUCUUUCUGGAUUUCAUUUUAAACUUGGGGCCGAAGCUGAAUGCGAGUUUACUGAGAAGAUUGUGAAAAUAGUCUCCAAAUGGAUUCAUCACACUUGUUUAUAUGUUUCAGAUCAAGUAGUUGGACUAGAAUCUCAGAUUCCAGAACUGAACUUACUUUUGGAUGUUGAAUCCAGUGACAGAGUCCACAUGGUAGGGAUUCAUGGCAUUGGCGGAAUAGGUAAAACAACUCUUGCUCGCGCCGUCUACAAUUCCAUUGCUGACUCAUUUGAAGGUGUAUGUUUUCUUGGUAAUGUGAGAGAAAAUUCAAUAACACAUGGCUUAGUAUAUCUCCAACAAAUGCUGCUUUCAAAGUUAGUUGGUGAUGAAAGAGAUGUUAAGUUAGGUGAUGUCAGUGAAGGAAAGAAGGUGAUAGAGCGUAGGCUCAAUCGAAAGAAGGUUCUGUUGAUUGUUGAUGAUGUCGAUAGAUUAGAGCAGUUAAAAGCAGUUGCAGGGGACUCUGUUUGGUUUGGUUCUGGUAGUAGAAUCAUUGUAACAACUCGAAACAAAGGCUUGUUAACGAGUCAUGGAAUUGUAAGAACAUAUGAAGUAGGGAAGUUAAAUGAUAAAGAAGCUCUUGAUUUACUUAGAUGGAAUGUUUUCAAAACAAGAGAGGUUGAUCCAAGUUACUCAUACAUUUUGAACAGAACGGUUGCUUUUGCUUCUGGCUUGCCACUUGCAUUGGAAGUAAUAGGGGCUAAUUUGUUUGGUAAGAGUAAAGAUGAGUGGGAAUCUGCUUUGGAUCAGUAUAAAAGAAGUCCUAAGAGAGAGAUUCAAGAGAUUCUUAAAGUGAGUUUUGAUGGAUUGGAGGAGGAAGAGAAGAAGAUCUUUCUUGACAUUGCUUGUUUCUUUAAUGGAUAUAGAUCCAAGUAUGUUGAGGAGAUACUGCGUGCUCAUCACGGCUUUUGCCCCAAGAACAGCAUGCGAGUUUUGAUUGAUAAGUCUUUGGUGAAGAUUGAAGAUGAUAAAGUGAUGUUACAUGAUUUGAUUCAAGAUAUGGGUAGAGAAAUCGUUCGACAAGAGUCUGAAGAGCCUCGAGGGCGUAGCAGGAUUUGGAACUUUGAGGAUGCAAAACGUGUUUUGGAACAAGACAAGGGUAGCCAUAAAAUUGAAAUGAUAAAGCUAGCAUUCCCCAAAGCUGAUGAAAAACUUAAUUGGGAUGGUGUAGCAUUCAUGAAGAUGAAUAAUCUCAGAACAAUUGUUAUUAAUAAAGGUGACUUUUCAGACAGUCCCAAACAUCUUCCAAAUAGUUUGAAAGUGCUUAAAUGGCGAGGAUAUCCUUCACAAAUUUUCCCAUUUGAUUUUUAUCCAAAGGAAAUAGCCAUAUUGUGGUUACCAGAUAGUUCCAUAUCAUCACUCAUUAGUUUCUUUCAGAAGCAAAAGGCAAGUACAAUACAAAAAGUCUAUUUUUUUUAUAAUCAUGAACAUUUUAUAUUACUUUUUCUUUGGCAGAAGUUCAUGAAUUUGAGAGUUUUGAAUUUCAGCAAUUGCCAGCACCUAGAACAAAUACCUGAUUUAUCUGUUGCCCCACAUUUGGAAGAAUUGUCUUUUUGUUGGUGUAAGAACUUAACUGAAGUUCAUAAAUCAGUUGGGUUGCUAAAUAAACUUAGAAUGUUGGAUGCAAAGGGUUGUUGCAAGCUUAGGAGUUUUCCAGACCUUAUGUUGCCUUCUCUCGAGAAACUCCGCCUUUCGUCUUGUUCAAGUCUUAAGAGUUUUCCAGAAAUAUUAGGGAAGAUGGAAAGUUUAACACAACUUGAGUUAGAAUACACUCCAAUAAAAGAAUUCCCACCUUCAAUUCGUUAUAUUACUAGGCUUGAAAGAUUAGAAUUGUGGAACUCUAAGAUUGUUCUGUUGCCAAGUAGCAUUUUUCUGAUGAAAGAGCUUAAGUGCUUGAGAAUUCGAAACUGUGAUGGUUUGCUGUUACAUUCACAAGAGAAAGUUGAGGAGCAAAUAAGCUCAGUUGUGUUUUCCAAUCAGCAACACUUUGAUUUCAGAAACUGCAAUGUAUCAAAUGAGUUUCUUCAAAGGAGUGUUCCUUGGUUAGUCAAUGUGAAAGAGCUGAAUCUAUCAUCCAACAGUUUCACAAUUCUUCCUGCAUGCAUUGAAGGAUGUACCUUCUUGAAGGUACUUAUUUUGGAUUAUUGUGGGAAUCUUCGAGAAGUCGGAGGGAUUCCACCAAACAUUGAAAAAUUCUCUGCAAGAAGAUGCAUAUCCUUAAAAAGUUUGGACCUCACUCUCCUAUCAUGCACCAAAGAUUGUUACUUUCUGAAGGAACUCAUUUUGGAUGGUUGUGAGAAUCUUGAGGAAAUAAGGGGCAUUCCACCUAGCAUAGAAGUUUUGCAUGCACCAAGCUCUACCUUGUUGACUUCCUCUUCUAGGAGCAUGUUUUCUAACCAGGAUUUACAUGAGGAUGCAAAUGACAAGGAAUCAUGGCUGCCAAUGCCAGGAACAAAAGUUCAGGAGUGGUUCAACUAUUCUCGCCACGGAUCAUCAAUUUCUUUCUGGUUUAGAAACAAGUUUCCAGCCAUGUCACUCUUUGUGAUUAAUGAACUGAAAAAGACUUCAUUUGAACCCAAGUUGACCAUCAAUGGUCAUGAAAUGCAUAUUUUUUCCUUAUUCUCUCUACAAAAAGAUCACAUACUGAUUCUAACUCUGGGUCCAAAACAAACUGAAUUCAAAGAUGAGGUAAACAAUGUGAUUUCUAAAGAUGAAUGGAAUCAUGUGGAGUUGUCUUCUGAUCAUGCAGUGCAUGGAGUAGGUGGUGGAACUAUAUAUGAGAGCAUGAUGCAAAUUGGACUCCAUGUAUUCAAGCAAUUUAGUAACAUGGAAGAUAUAAGAUUCACUGAUCCGUUCUUGUUGGAAGAAGUUCAUAGCUUGGAGGGUAUUGGAUAUUCUCCUACACAAUUUGUGCAAAGGCAUCAAAAUUUGACUUCAUUGGAAACAAAUGUGGAGCAAGAAAUAGUAUCUCAUUCAUUGCUUCCAUCUCCAUCAUUCAGUGACAACUUGAAUUGGGAGUCAAACACAAUUGUUACGGAGCACAAAACUAACACAACUAGUGUCCAAGCAUAUGAGGAUAAUCUAGCAAAUGCUGUAGGAGAAUCAUAUCAAACACCAUCCAUAGCUAACACAGAAAACGUUCAUGACCCAAUUCCCACCACUCCAUCAAGUAGUGAUAAAGAUAGUGGACAGAAAAUGUACACAGAAACUUGUAGCACCACUUUGCUAAUAAAAUUUGAUGAGCCUUUGAUAAAUCAAGCUCCUCUAACUCAAGAUGAUAAUGAUGUGGAGAUGGAAGCAUUUUAUGCUACUCUUGAUGCUGAGACACAUGAUGAUGUUCUUUCCCCGAAUUCCGAUGAUGAUCCAGCAACCACCACUGCUCCAAGCAAAGAAGCCAAGGAAGCAUUGAAAACAGUACAAGACUUCAUCACAAAGAAUGAUGCUUCAGUUUUGUUGGAUGAAGAAAACUACAAUGUCAUGAAGAACAGUUUGCAUUACCUAUCCAAUUUGUCUUCAAAAGAUGGCAUAUCAGGAGAAGUUGAAACAUUGGUAUCAGAAGCUUCAUGGUUGUUCAAUUGUUGCAGUGUGGAAUACAUUGAAUCAUGUAGGAAUAUUGAGUCCACAGCAUCAGAGCUACAAAGGGUUGAUGAAUUAGAAGCAGGAUUGGAAGGAAACAAGAACAAGCACAGGGAGUUGAGGCAAAAGUUAGAUUGGAUGGAGAAAAGAAAGAAGGAGCUGGAAGAGGAAAUGAAUGCCAUCAAAGCUAAGUUAUGUGAUUGUGAAUCAGAAAAGAAGAUUGUUGUUCAGAAAAAGAAAGAUGUAUUUGAAGAAGCAAAGACACUCAAAGCUCAAAGAGAUGAGUGGAGGAAAAAAGUGCCACAAUUGCGGCAUCAACAGAGUAUAGCAAAGAGUAAUCAUGCAAAAUUCACAGGUGAAUGGUCAAAACUAGGAGAAAAAUUUCACACCAUUGUUCUAGACUGAGAAACCUAGAUUUGUGUACUUGAACUGCAUGGAUUGAAAUAAUCCUAUUUGAAUACUAUAGUCUAUAGGGCACUCAAAUGUAGACACUUGUACAAGCUAAAAUUUGAACAUUGAUUUACUACCAUGUCUGAAGGAUUUAAAUUCUUAUUUCUAU